AUGCUCGCUUCAUACCAACUCUGUAACACGCUCGAAACCCUCAGCAUCGCACUCAAGCACCUUUCCACAGCCAAAACCGUCUACCUUGACUGCGAGGGACAGGACCUCGGAGACCAAGGUGGCAUUCUUUCCAUCUUGAGUCUCGGGUGCGUGACGUCGACUUCCGAGGUCAAGAAUUCGGCGACGCUCAGCAUCUUCCUUAUCGACGUGCCUGCGUUCCAGACAUACACCCACCAAGCCAAUCCUUCUCCUCUUGUACCAGUAUUCGCGAUCCUGACCAGCAAAGAGGUCCUCAAGGUCGGGUUUGACCUGCGCAUGGACGCGUCCGAGUUGCGUCACGGACACGAUGUCGUGAUCACGCAUGUCCUGGAUCUUCAGAUUGUCGACUUGAUGUGUCGCGACAAGAGCGAAGAGGCGGUUUUGCAGAGGUUGGCUGGAUACUUGGCGCCUCGAGAGGUGCUUCGAAACCGAGAAAUCUACAAGCAUGUCCUGAGGCUGAGUGGACUCGACAAGGCGCUCAUAGAUCAAGGACAGUCAGUGCCGCGCAAGCCCAAAUUCGAUCAUUCCAAGUGGAUGCAUCGCCCUCUUGACGAGGAUAAUCUCUUAUACGCCGCAGAGGACGUCUCUAAAAUUCAAGUCCUUUACGAACUCCUCGUUCGCAACCCGCUCGUCAACGUCGAGUUGGCAAUCCAGCAGAGCGAGGCUUACAUCCAGUCACAUGCUUCUGCGCGCCCAGAUCGCACGAACAAGUACCUCAGCCAUGGAUUGCUGCCACUCGCAAUCCUAGAGGGAUCUACGACGCUGUCUGCCUCGGAUAGCAAAGUAUGCAUGGGAUGUAAGAGGUCUCUACAGAAAGCAUACUUUGAGACAAAUCAGCAGGCUAUUGGAGGGGGGAGCUUGUGCUUCGUGUGCCAUGCCGUCGACCAGCAUACACUCGAGGCUCAGAGGAAUCCUCCACCUUCUCGUUUGUACUAG